AUGAGGUCGAGAGGUAAAGGCGGUGUCGCUGUGAAGUGCCCGUGCUCUUGUCCGGAAGGUGUGGGCGCGAGGGAUUCUGCCUCGAUCGAGGCGGGAAGCAAGACGUCUUCUUCGGGGAUUGCCAACGACCAACGUCCGAGAUCUGGGCUUCUUUCUCGAACCCGAUCCAGAAACGCGUCUUUUCAAGUUAUGUCCGCUUGGUGCAGGGUACACGAACCGAACUGGCAAGGCAAAAGGUCUGUCCCUGCCUCCCGAGCGUAA